GGCGGUAGUGCACCGUGAGCUGGUUUUCAAACCGUGAGGCUUCGAGAGAAGAAGAAGAAGAAAACGAAACGAAACAGUUUGAGCUCAUCUUUAGAUGACACGCCUUUUUCAUAGACCAGAGAACAGAACCGUUAACAUCGUAAUUAUUGACCACAUACACACCAACAGCCUUAUACCUUGUGCAGCCCAAUUGCUCACAUUUUUUUGAUGCAACUCUCCGAGCCCUUACUCACUUACUGUAGUCACCAGUUUUCAUAGACUAUCAGAACAAUCCAGAGGUUCUUCUCUACAAAGGGUGUUGCUGGGGCUUUGAAGAAGGACAAGACCGCUGAAGUGAAAAUAGACGAUGGCAAAGUGCAAAACGGAUUGCAUCGAAAGGCCUCUGGCUCUGGCCUUUGCAAAACUUGGUUGUGUUGUUGGUAGAUAUCCAAGUGUGUUUAUUUUAUUAGCUAUAUGUAUAGCUGCUGUCCUUGGAGCUGGUUUCAUGUUUCUUAAGGAGAUGAAGGCAAAUGAUAUUGAAGACCAGUUUACGCCUGUCAAUGGACCUGCCAAGAUGGAGAGGGCGAUUGUGGUGGAAAAUUUCCCCCAGUCUGAAGAGUUUUCUCAGCUACGGCUCGUGUCUGAAGGCACUUAUGCCUCUUUGAUCAUCACAGACUUGCAUGGAAAAAAUAUAUUUACUGAAGCAGCUUUUAAAGACAUUAUUGAGUUGGACAGACAAGUGAAAAGUUUAGAUAUAGGGAACACUUUUGAGAACCUCUGUGCCAAAACCAAGGGAAGGUGCAUAUCAAAUGCAAUUUUAGACAUUUUAAAUUACAAUGCUACUAAAAUAGUUUCUUCAGUUAUAACAUAUCCGAUGAAUAAUGGAAUAUUUUUUGGAGCAAGUAUUGGUGGUGUAGAGCUAAAGCCAAAUAGCUCAGAGAUAAUCAGUGCAAAAGCGGUCAGGCUUUUUUAUUUUCUAGAUGAGCAGAAGACAAAUAAAACCUCUGUCUGGCUUAAUGGCUUUCUAAAACUCCUCUCAAACAACACAGAACAGAAAAUGGUCCAUGUGUCUUACUUUACAUCAGUAUCAAGACAAAAUGAGUUGGAGACCAAUUCCAAAUCUGUCAUCCCACUCUUCUCUUUUACAUAUUUCCUGGCCAUUACAAUUUCGGUUAUAUCUUGUUUGAGGUUAGACUGUGUCAGGACGAAGGUGUGGGUGGCAACAUUCGGUGUCAUCUCCGCUGGUUUGGCGGUGUUGGCCAGCUUUGGACUGCUGCUGUUCUGUGGGAUGCCAUUUGCCAUGACCGUGGCCUCAGCCCCCUUUCUGAUUCUUGGUGUUGGUGUUGAUGAUAUGUUCAUUAUGAUCUCCAGCUGGCAGAAGACUGAAGUUGAUAAAGACGUUGAGGUUCGCUUAGCAGAAACGUAUAAGGAGGCCGCUGUGUCCAUCACAAUCACCACACUGACGGAUGUGCUGGCUUUCUACAUCGGUCUCCUCACUCCGUUCCGCUCGGUUCAGUCUUUCUGCAUGUACACCAGCACCGCUCUUCUGUUCUGCUACAUCUUCAACAUCACCUUCUUUGGCGCGUGUCUUGCACUGAAUGGAAAACGAGAGAAAGGCAACAGACACUGGCUGACCUGCAUGAAAGUCCCAGAAGCCACCGGUGAUGAUAAUGUUUGUUGUGCUGGUGGGGCGUAUGAUAAAGACACACAUAAGGAAUUUGAAAUGCCAGUGGAUUCAUUCUUUAAAAACUAUUAUGGCCCUUUUCUGACAAGAGUGUGGGUUAAGAUGCUCGUGUGUCUGAUCUAUGCUGGCUAUUUGGCAGUCAGUAUCUAUGGAUGCUUCCAUAUACAGGAAGGUCUAGAUCUGAAACAUUUAGCGGCAGACGGUUCAUAUGUUGGUGAUUACUAUGACAAUGAUGAUGAAUUCUUCUUUAAUUUUGGUCCUAAUGUCAUGUUAGUUAUAAAGGAUGAGCAUUUUCAGUACUGGAACCCAACUGCUCGUAAAAGUCUUGACUUGUGUUUGGAAAAUUUUCAAAAACUAACAAUGGCAGAUUCAGACAUUCCACCUAUUUCUUGGCUGAGUGCAUACAUGCAGUUUGGACUGCAUGCUGGUUUCAAUUUAGACAAUGAAAUGCAAUUCAAAAGUCAUUUAAGUGCAUUUCUUAAACAGUAUGGUUUCAGCCAAGAUGUUAAUUUCACUAACAAUCAAAUUCAUGCAUCACGUGUGUUCAUUCAAACGGUGAACAUCAGCACAGCGAUCGAUGAGAAGAACAUGCUGAAUGCGUUUAGAGAAACUGCAGUCGAAUGUGGGAAGUUGCAGCCACCAGUUGAUCUGAUUGUGUACCACCCUGCGUUCAUCUAUUUCGACCAAUAUGCCGUCAUCAUCAGUAAUACAAUCCAAAAUAUAGUAGUUGCUACAUGUGCGAUGUUAAUUAUUUCACUCCUGCUGAUCCCAAACCCUCUUUGCUCUCUUUGGGUGACUUUUUCUAUUGCAUCUGUCAUCGUGGGUGUGGCCGGUUUCAUGGCAUUAUGGGAUGUUAGUUUAGACUCUGUGUCUAUGAUUAAUCUUGUUAUCUGUAUCGGGUUUUCUGUGGACUUUUCUGCUCACAUAUCUUAUGCUUUUGUGUCGAGUGAAAAAUCCUCCACAAAUGAGAAAGUUACCGAUGCCGUUAAUAAAUUGGGCUAUCCGAUCGUUCAGGGUGCCGUGUCCACUAUCGCAGGUGUGGUGGUGCUCGCGGCUGCCAAAAGCUACAUCUUUAGGACAUUCUUUAAAAUCAUGUUCUUAGUCAUUCUGUUUGGGGCCGUCCAUGGCAUCGUAUUCAUACCCGUGUUCCUCACCUUCCUCGGCACUUGUUGUAAAAGUGAUGAAAGAAAACGAAAUCUAACAGAAUACACUGAGGUGACUGUCUGUACUAACUCUAAGCUUGUGAGUCAGGAUCUGAAUAUGAACUAAAGUAAAAUUUCUGAAAUUUUUAUCUGUAAAAUGUAUUAAUCAUUGUUAGUUUCUGCAUAUACUCUUGUGCUCCAGUUUCAAUUUAAUUGCAACAUAAAUGUAACUAAACUGUUACAGGUACUGAGAAAUUUUUUUUUAAUCAAAUUACAGUUACUUAGGAAAAUUAUUACAAAAGUAUUAUAUAUUUUAUAUCCAAAGUUCGGUCAUGAAACUCUAGAUGGCACAGUCCAAUAGGUCAAACUCAAUCUAACAUAAUGACGUCAUUAUCACAUGGCGCCACCGAUUGGUUCUUUUUUUAUAGGCAGCCAAUGAGCUCGCUGCUCAAAAUUCUAAUACUUUGCUAUAGCAGUUGCAGCAGGCUUCAGAAAGCAUCUGAAAUCAACAUAUAAGAUAAUUGAAUGCUCUGUUAAUCUAUAUCGUUGUGCAUAUCGUAUAGUCUGCCUAAUUAAUUUCAAAAUGAGCAACCAUAACAAGUUUAAACAAAGUGUCGUGUACACUGGAGUGAAAUGUUAAGCUUAUUAUCAGUAGCUUUUACAAAAGUGUUUCUGUUCUCUCUGAGGAAACAGAAUAGGUUUAAAGGGCACCUAUUACACAAAAUCCACUUUUACAUGGUGUUUGGACAUAAAUAUGUGUUGGUAGUGUGUGAACACAACCACACUACAAUGAUUAAAAUCCACCCACUCCUUAUUUUUUAAAGGGGUCAUUGCAUGUCCAUUUUCCACAAAUUGAUACGAUUCUUUAGGGUCGUGAUGAAAAGUAAAAUUUUCCAAUGGUAGUAUAAAACAACGCCCUUUUACCAUUUCUAAACCAGCUCUAUUCACAGAGACCCAUUUAAAUGCUAACGAGCUCUGCUAACCCCAACCCUCUCUUCCGUGUGGUGAGAAAUUCUCUGAAACUUCAGCCACAUUGAUUGCAGAACUUGUUAACUAGCACAUUAUUAGGAAAGGCAUUUU